AUGAAGGGCACGAGAGGAAGGAAACCAGUUAAAGCCCAUCACGUCAAGCAGUUGACCUCAGUAACAGCUCAUUCACAGGGUCGGCAGAGUGACAACGGCAAGGACUUUGUUACUCAACCUCCUGACCUCAGUAAGGAUGUUAUUGCUCCACUUCCUGACCCCUGCGAGGAUGCUGCUGCUCCACCCUCUGACCCUAGUGAGGACAUCAUUGCUCCACCCCCUGACCCUGAGGAUGUUGUCUUUCCACCUGCUGAUCCUGGAGAGGACUUCAUCACUCUACAUUCUGACCCUGGUGAGGAUGUUGUUGUUCCACCUGCUGACCCUGGUGAGGAUGUUGUUCCUUCACCUGCUGACCCUGGUGAGGAUGUUGUCCCUCCUCUUGCUGACCCUGGCAAGGAUGUCAUUUCUCCACCUGCUGACCCUGGUGAGAAUGUUGUCAUUUCAACUGCUGACCCUGGCAAGGAUGUCAUAUCUCCACCUGCUGACCCUGGCAAGGAUGUCAUAUCUCCACCUGCUGACCCUGGCAAGGAUGUCAUAUCUCCACCUGCUGACCCUGGCAAGGAUGUCAUAUCUCCACCUGCUGACCCUGGAGAGGACUUCCUCACUCCAACUUCUGACCCUGGUGAGGAUGUUGACCCUGGUGAGGAUGUUGUUGCUCCACCUGCUGACCCUGGUGAGGAUGUUGUUGCUCCACUUGCUGACCCUGGUGAGGAUGUUGACCCUGGUGAGGAUGUUGACCUUGAUGAGGAUGUUGUUGCUCCACCUGCUGACCCUGGUGAGGAUGUUGUUGCUCCACCUGCUGACCCUGGAGAGGACUUCCCCACUCCAACUUCUGACCCUGGUGAGGAUGUUGACCCUGGUGAGGAUGUUGUUGCUCCACCUGCUGUCCCUGGUGAGGAUGUUGUUGCUCCACCUGCUGACCCUGGUGAGGAUGUUGUUGCUCCACCUGCUGACCCUGGUAAGGAUGUUGUUGCUCCCCCUCAAGGCCUUCAACAACUUACAGAUGUUCUGCCCUAG